UCGUUCUUCCUCCCAACCUUUUCCUCCUGCUCUGCCUCCCGAGGACAAGGCUCGAGGACUCCUGCGACGAUGGUGCUGCGGAAGGUCUGUUUAAGGUUUAGUUUUGUUGUGAUUUUCUCGUGCUUCGUGUAUUCGACUCUGCUGGCGCUGCAGUGGCGUUCGCCACCAAGGAUAUUCGACGUCCAUCUUGGAGGACGAGGCAAGCACGCCCCGCCGAAGGGAGUGGUGCUCCUGACGCAGAUGCGCUCGGGUUCCUCCUUCACGGGCGUCCUUCUAACGGCGGCGGAGACAACGUUUUACUCCGAGGAGCCCGUGAGAGAUUUCUUGCACUUCUCUCCGUCCAGCCCCGAGGACGUGGCCGCGGCUGUGCAACUCCUGCGGGACGUCCUGCGCUGCCGGUUCGUCGCGCGCCCCGACUACUACAAGAAACGCCUCAUGCUGAGUCAUUACCACGACGCGGACACGCUCAGCCUGUGCUCGUUCUCCGAAGAGCUGUGCAUGGCGCCGCUCACCACCCAGACGAUGUGCCUCGCCGCCCACGUCCGCCUGGCGAGGGUCGUGCUGCUGGAUCUGGAGAGCGCGGCGCCCGUCUUCCAGGACUCCGACCUCGACACCCACGCCAUCCACUUAGUGAGGGAUCCGCGCGGCGUCCUGUCCUCCAGGGGGAAGCUGAGCAAGUAUUUCGCAGGAGACGACCUCAAUGCCAGCUCCCUCUGCGACAGGUACCGGAAGGACCUGAGAGGAGCGGCCGCCGUGAAGGCCUCAGCCCCGCACAGAUACACUUUCCUGAGGUACGAGGACCUGAGCCUCAACACGACCCUCGAGCUCCGCCGUCUGUACGACCUCCUCGGCCUCUCCUACACAGCCAGAGUCGCUGCCAAGGUCGCCUACAUCACCCUGGGCAUGGCCGACGACCUCUCCCACAGCUACGGCACCACCAGGGACUCCAAGGCGACGGUCUUCCGCUGGCGAAGUCGUCUCUCUUUUGCCGAGGUGAAGGAGAUACAGGACGCGUGUGUAGACGUCCUGGAGGCGUAUGGCUACAGGGUCUUCGCCUCGAAAGAGGAGUACGAGGACCAGGCUCUCGGGGUCUUGGUUCCUGCCAAGUCCUGAAGGAAAAGUCCGAGGUGGUUUUAAUCGUUGUUGAUAUAAAGUUUUUCACUGCAUAGCUAGCGGGGGAGAGAGAGAAAGAGGGGGGAGAGGGAGAGAGAGAGAGAGACAGGGAGAGGGA